AUGUCCAAAACAUCUUCUUCGUUGUUAAUCCCCAGCAGCACAACGAUGAUCACUCAGGCUGGUCGUCUUUUGUCCAUGAAAUCCAUUCAAAAGAACAAGCUUUUCUUGUCAUCAUGUCAACAACAACAACAACAAUUCCAUACACAUCGUCAUCAUGAUCUUUCUCAAGGAAUUGACUAUUCAUUCAUUCGUGGUAACUUUGAUCAAGAGUUGAUCAAUGAAACAUUAUUCGAGAGAUUUGAAAAGAGAGUCUUUGAAAUGGGUGAUUCCCAUGCUCUGUUACAAGUGUGUGGAAAUGAACAUAAUAAUUAUAGGGAUCAACGAUUGAGCUGGAGAGAGGUUUAUGAUCAAUCAUUGCAUUUGGCAAAUUCAUUGCAUCGUUUAGGAUACAAAAAGAACGAUCGUAUCGGAAUUUGGAUGCCAAACUCUCAUGAAUGGGUUAUUGUAUUGAUGGCAGCUGCAAAACUUGGUCUCAUUGUUGUCAAUGUCAAUCCAGCUUACAGAAAACACGAAUUGCAACAUGCUCUCAAUCUUGUCCAAUGUAAAGGUCUCAUCAUUGUUCCAGAAUUUAAGGGAACCAAUUAUGUUCAAAUGCUCUAUGACUUAUGCCCUGGAUUGGAAAAACAAUCUUCACAUGGAAGUGCUUCUUUUUUGAAUUUGGAUUCCUCCAAUGCUGUUCCAACAGUGGAGAGUGAAGCAUUGCCUCACUUGAGACACAUUUUUUAUUGCUCUCCACUCAGAGAGGGUGAUUUGACAAGUGAAAAGCAUUACAAUGGAAUGAUUAAUUUUGUGGAUUUAUUGAAUGUGACACUGCCAAGAAAUUUUUCUCAACAAAGUUGGACCAAAGUGAAACAUCAUUGUCAUGAUACUUUGAAUAUUCAAUUUACGUCGGGAACUACAGGUCUUCCAAAAGCUGCUGCUCUCACUCAUCACAACAUUAUUAAUAAUUCCUAUUUCGUUGGUCAAGGAAUGAAUUUACAAACAGGUCAAGACAAACUCGCUCUCUGUGUACCAUUUUAUCACUGUUUUGGUUCUAAUUUAGGAUUUUUAGCAUUCAUGUUGCAUGGGUGUGGAAUUGUAUUGCCAAGUUUUGGAUUUGACGCUGAAGCAGCUUUGAAAGCCGUUCACAAUCACAAAUGUACUGCAUUACAUGGAGUUCCAACCAUGUUCAUUGCAGAAUUGGAACAUCCCAAUUUCAAACAAUAUGAUCUCUCCUCUCUAAGAACAGGCAUUGUGGCUGGCUCUCUCUGUCCAAUGCCUCUCAUGAAACGUUGCAUUCAUGAAAUGCAUCUUUCUCAAAUCACCAAUUGUUAUGGAAUGACUGAAACAAGUCCAGUUUCCUUCCAAACGCAUAUUGAUGAUAGUUUGGAGGUUCGUACGACCUCUGUGGGUCGAAUCCAUCCACAUGUGGAGGCUCGAGUGGUGGAUCCAGAAACUGGUAAAAUUGUACCAUUUGGAACUCAAGGUGAAUUGCAUGUGAGAGGAUAUUUGGUGAUGAAAUAUUAUUGGGAUCAACCAGAUGCGACUAAGAAGGUGAUUGAUAAGGAUGGAUGGAUGAAAACAGGUGACAUUGCUGUAUUUAGAAAGGAUGAAAAAGGACCUUAUUGCAGUAUUGAAGGAAGAAUUAAGGACAUCAUCAUUCGAGGAGGUGAAAACAUUGUUCCAAGAGAAAUUGAAAACUUCCUCUAUUUACAUCCAGCCAUUAAGGAUGUAGCCAUUGUGGGUGUUCCAGAUGCCAAAUAUGGUGAACAAAUUUGUGCUUGUAUCAUUCUCAAGAGAGGUCAAUCACUCACACAGGAGGAAUUGAAUGCUUAUUGUCAUAAUCAAAUUGCUCACUACAAGAUUCCAAAAUAUGUUCUCUUUAUGGAUGAAUUUCCACUCACUGUUACUGGAAAGAUUCAAAAGUUUGUAUUGAGAGAUUGGGCUUCUGAAAAAUUGGGUUUGAAGAAGGAGUAG